CGGCACCCAAUCAUACCUUCGUUGUUCGAUAAAAACCACACAUACARAAGUGCCCUUCCACGAUGAUAUCCCAGAGCCUCUUCGACGAAACCCUUCUCGAAAACCAGGACGUCUUUGAGUACACCGACGAGGAAGCCGUGGCGGAAACGAUCGGUGAGUUCCUGCAGCAGUCCGAAUCGCAAACCGGCAAUCCUUCCAAGGAACACCACCGCCUCGAGCACCUCUCUCUGACCCAUCCAUCUUCUCCGGAGGGAAAGCGCUUCCGGGAGAUGCACGAGCGGUUCAUGGAAAAUCUGGACGCGGAACCCCCGGAUCUAGUAGCGGCCACGUCGAUUCUCGGUGGAUUGCACCGGAAGCAGCGGGAGGGACCGACGGAAUCGGGGGAGAACUCGAGCAGCAACGAUAAYAGCGACAACAACGACACCGAAACCUACCGAACGAGGCUGCUAUCGCUCUGGUUCCUCCUGCUCCAGAACAAAUUGUGGCCAAAGCUCGUGGAGAAGGUCGGCGACGGAGACGAACGCCGGAAACUGCUGGUCGGYUUUGUGGUGGCGCUCCUCCCCGACUCUUCGCUGUCCCUCCACCCCCUGGCGCGUGACGUGAAACACGUCGUGGCACCCUUUUGGUUCGAGGCAAAAGAUUGCGACAGCGACAACAAUAGUGGUUCAAGCCCCGGCAGCGAGUGGUUCGGGAUGUUGGAAAGGUCGGGCAAAGGCGGCGGGGACAGCGAGAUUCCCCUGGCGCUCGUCCGAUUGGCGCGGAGCCUCUGCAACGGCUGCGAGGACAACAAGAAAGCCUUUGUCAAGGCCGGCCUCCUGCGCGGCGGGGAGGGCAAGACCGGUCUCGAGCGKCUGCUGCUGCCGCUGCUGCUCCCACCGGACGAMCCGCUUGYCCCCACCGGACCCGCGGACCCGGCCUCCUCCUCGUUCGCAAGGGCCCGCGAAACCUGCCGGCUGGUGGCGGUCCUGAGCAGGUUCCAGSCGCUGGCGGACUCCUCGGCGCGGGACGCCUCCGCCUGCACCCCCGAGGCACCCCAGACGGGCGGAGCCCCGGUCGUUUCCUCGGCCCACGCCAACGUGAAGGAAUUCCAYAGGGCGGGCUUUGUCCCGAGGCUGCACAGGAUCGCGAGGGAAUCCCUGCGGGCCCUGCGGCAGCAGGAACAAGCCGGAGAAGAGAGCGACGCCGGUGCCGGGGCUGUCCCGAGCUCCGCGAACGCAUCGCAGGAACUCCUGUGCGAAUCGCUURMCGCCCUCCGCGCCAUGGCCAUCGACAACGACAUUGUCCAGAACAUGGUGGCCCUCGGCAUCCUGGACACCGUCCGCGACGCCCUGGAGGUCGUCGUGGAGGUGGCCACGGCGGCCCCCGUGGAAGGAGCAGAGGCCACGCGGUCUAUCUCSAAGCUGGGCCUMGCCACCGCCGCCCUGGGGCUGGUGCGCAACCUGUGCGCGAACGACGAGGUCAAGACGACGAUCUGCCGGUCGUCCCUGCACUCGAUUCUCCGGGUCAUGCAGCACUACCUCGACGAGGCCCCGGGCCGGAGGACCACGAGGGGCCACGCCGCCCUGCAGGAACACGCCUGCGGGAUCCUGGCGGCCAUGGCACUCCGGCAGCCGCAGAACGCCCACGCCACCGUCGAGGAGGGCGGUCACGUCCUGGUCUUCCGGGCCAUGCGGGUCUUUCCGGACACGGUCGCCCUGCAGCGGCAGGGGUGCCUCGCCGUCCGGAACAUCGCCAGCCGGCUGGCCCGGGCGGACCACGGGGAGGACGUCGCCAAGCUCCUGGACGCCGGUGCGGAGGACGUUCUACAGACCAUCGCGGGGAGGCACCCGGCGAGCGCGGAGGAAGCCUACGCGGCCCUGCGGGACCUGGGGUGCAACCCUCAGAUGUACCAGAUGGACGAGCACGGCAACACCGUCCGGAGCACGAGGGAGGUCUUUGGGGCGGUCAAGUCCAGCUUUCGCGCCGUGUACGAAUAAAUCAAAGAGAGAAACGAGUAAUCCAUCCAUCAAAAUGCCCACCUAGCGAAACCAACUAGUAGUAAUUAAGCAACGAAAUAGAUGGCAGGCCUACCU